AAAGCAGAUUUCCUAGCAACUCCUGAGCAGGUCUUGGUUUGUAUCCACAUAAUGUGAUAGCUCUCGAGUUGCAGCAAUCUUGAGUACCUCUCUGAGAAUUUCUUUCACGGUCCAUGAGAUCAUGGUUUUCAAGAGUUCAGGCAGAGAUCAAAAUGCUGUACUGUGGUGGAAAAUGUUUCUAGCUUGCGUUCCUUUUUUCUGAACACUGGUCAGGAGAAAGGCUGGGCACUCCCAGGAUGCUUCUUGCUGUGAUUUCUGUUGGAGUUGUGGAAAAUCAGAAGGGUAAUCUUUAUGCAGAGAUGGAAGGUACCCAUGGAGAGCUAGAGUUUGAGAGCAGCAGCUGGAGUCAAUGCUGUGAAUAGCUGUGUGCAUUUCUAUGUGAGGGUGAUCUGCUUUAUGUAACACUAGGGAAAGAUACUCACCUGGUGUGAUGAUUUGGCAGUAGAUGCACAGACAUGGAAUGGGCAGGAUGCUUUCAGAAAAAAGAAAAAGUUUGUACCCGCUGUGAAAUAGUCCCAGUGCUGUAGUCCACACUCUUUGUGAUGUGGGCUGGGGAGAACUGACAGGUGCUCUUUGCAGGCUGGCUGUGCUGUUGCCGGUCGCGAGGUGUGUAGACUGAAAUUAAGCAAGACUAAAACUUGGUCCAGCCUCUGGUGGCUGGGGCUGGGUCCUGGUCUGGACACCCCUUCUUAUGCUGCGCAGCGUCAUGUACGCACAAGCGCAGUGACCAUUUCUAAUUUCAGCUUACUGCUCCCACCUGGACAUAGCAGGUGGGUCCUGAAGUGCCCACCAUUUCUUCUGUGCUUUUUAUGUCUCCAUUGUUGGGGUAACACAUUCUGCUUGGAUGGCUAAACCCCUCCUUCCACACGGAAAGUUGUGUGAGGCAGGCUGAAAGCAUCCCACGAGCCAGAUCUGGCCUGCAGAGCACACACAUGGACCUCACUGGGUUCUAGUUUGUUCAAGGGAUGUAUAGUCAUAGCAAUCAACUGGAGAGGGAUGCAAGGGGAAUUUAAAGCAUGAGGAUUCCUUAUUUGUUGGGACUUCUCCAAAUACACCUCUUCUGCCAGCUACAGUGGAUGAUACUGUCUGCGUGUUUAUCAGAAAGGUUCAUCUUGUUAGGUCUAGUAAAGUUGUUCCUUUAUAAAUGGAAAUACUGGCUAUCAGGCUUGCUUGUUGAAUCUUUUACAUCAGCUAUAUAUAUAUAUACACACACAAAAAAAAUUCUUUGUUUUUAUAUCUCCAUAUAUAAAGUCCUACUAGCUGAAACAGGGGAGAUACCUUUUUGUGAAAUCUAUCCAAGAAAAAAUAUUUUCUUAAGCUCUCAGCACUGUUUCAGAUGUUUGUUUUUAUUUGGAUAGAAUUCUGUUUACCGAUGUAGGUGGGAGCUGUAGGUUUCUCAUCGGGUUCAUGAGGAUUUCUUACAUGGACAGAACACGCUGGUAAUGUUAACUGCUGAAAAUGAUGAGGAUGUAGGAUGAAAUUUUAGAUCUUUAUUUAAAAACAUGUUUGGUUUCAAAUAGUGUCCUGUCUCCUUCCCUAAAUUAAUAGAUUACAUAUGUCCUUGGAAGGGUGGACAACUUUUAAUAGAAGGAGGUUGCAGUAUUUCCUUCCUUUCCUUUUUUAUUUUUGAGUGCAGGGAGCACUGGUGAGGGUGAAGUGCUGCUGUAGUUAAUGGAGACAAUCUGAAAAUCCCAGCUAUGUGGCAGUUGUUUGUUUUAAUCCGUUUGGAAGAAUCGAAGACGGGAAGUACCCUGACUCUGGAGACUGUCUUCCCACGCGUUUGACUAUCAUGCACGUGCUUGCAGCAGAACCCGGUUCUUGUUUGUGGAGAGUGGCUCUGGGACUUGAGAUACUACGUGAAUGGCUCAGCUAAGUUUUGGUGCCACAGGAAUAGGUUGUGCUGCCGGGUGCCUGUAAAGAGUGUUGGCCUUGCUCAGCAGAGGAAAUAGCGGCUUCUGUUGCUUGCCUCUGCACUGCUGUGUCUGUCAGAUUUGAUGCAGGUCAUUCUGGAUCUGUGCACCUGGACAGUAAGUGCAGUCCAGAAUCGGGUGAUUUACAGGAUAAUUACCACUGUUCCUUUUCUGAAUUAACUGAAAUGGCAGUGGUCCACUUCUCAGUUAUCAGUUUGAAUGUGACAGUUUAACAGGCAUUGGUUUAAAAGAAUAUAAACACGAGUACAGAAUUCUCAUGUGGGUUUACUUUUUAACAGACUAGUGAAAUCCUUUAUCUCCACUCAUGAGUCCAAAGGGUGAGUGAGUAGACUUCUGUGCUGGGCUGGUAAAUAAUCCGUUAAUUUGAUUACGUUUUAUUAAUAAACUCCCUUUUUUUUCCUCUGCUGAGUAUUCUACAGCUGCAGAGACUUCACACCAUUUCAUUCUCUGUGCCAGGAACCCUCCAGUAAAACUUUGAUUGGAUAAAGAUGCCAAAAUCAGUUUCCUUCAGAAGGCAAUUGAUGCUGUUGUAAUGGUAACAGGAGAGCCGCUGUCAGUAAAACCAGCACGUGUUGUGGCUGGACACGAACCUGAAAAAACCAAUGAAUUUCUUCAAGCAAUUGGGAAGUGUUGCUUAAAUAAGCUGUCCAGUGAUUUUGCUGUAAAAAAGAUCUUAGCUGGGGAAAGAGCUGAUGCUAAAGGGAAACCUCCGUCCUCUAAAUCUCGAGAUAAAGAAAGCAGAGAGUCCAAACCAGAAGAACGAAGAAGCCAUAGAGAUAGAGAGGACAGAGGAGACACUGAAAUUAAAGACAGAAGCUCAAGCAGAGACAGAAAGCCCAAAGGAGAUUUGAAAGAGAGUGAAGAAAGAGAAAAGCAAAAUGAUAAACAGAAGGAUAACGAAGACAGGCACAAAGACCCUGAAAGAGACACAUUUAAGGAAGGAGAAAAACAAGAAAGGGAGAGAAACAAAAGCAGAACAACCAAGCAAGGAAGAGAAACAGAAAAAAACAAGGGAAAAGGAGACAUAGAGCAAGAAGAUGAUCUUGAGCAUGGUAAAGGACAGGAAAGAGAGAAGAAAAAUGGAGGAAGAGAAAAGGACAAACUGAAAGGAAGAGACAAAGAUAAGGCUAGAGACAGAGAACGAGAGAAAGACAGAGAUAGAGGAAAAGAUAAGGAAAGGGAUAGGCAAAGGGACAGAGAAAAAGAUGGGGAGCAUUUAAGAGAACAUGGAAAGGAUAAAGCAGAGAAAAAGUCUGCAGAUUCUGAGGAAUCCACACUUAGAAAAACGCAGAGGCCAACUAAAGACAGCAAGUGCCAGCCAGAUAAUGAGAGUGAAAGUCCUGCAGGAAUAUCAAGGCAGCCUUCAACAAAAGGAUCAAGGCAACGCGCCAAACCCGGAGGAGAAGGAACUGUGGAAAUGAAGAGCAUGGCAGAUAGGAUUUCAGAGGACAGUGGUGCUAAAUUGCAAGAGAAAGCUGAAACAGGACUUGCAGUAAAACAGGAAGAAGGAGAAACAGAGAAUGUAGCUGCUGAAAAGCCUGCAGUAUCUGAAAACGGUGAAGUGCUUAAUGAUAUUCCACCUCAGCCUAUCCAAAGACGUAUUCCCCGUCCUAGCAGUGCCCGACCAGCACCGCCCCGAGUAAAACGUCAAGAAAGUGUGGAGGCCUUGCUUCCGGAAAGGAGUGGUAGCGGUAAAAUGGUCGCAAGCGUGAUCAUAGACCAGCAGAUUUCCGAUGAUGAUGAUGACCAGUUUGUGGUGGAGGCAGCACCGCUGCUGCCAGAAAUGCCAGAUAUGGAAAUGGAGCCAGAAGUGGAGCUGGUUGAGGAUCAAAAGCAUGGUGGGCUUGUAAAAAGAAUCCUAGAAACGAAGAAAGAUUAUGAGGCAUCACAGAAAUCGUCAAAGACAACAGAGAGGGAGAAGCCCUUUGUAUCGGAAGCAGCUAGGAAGAAAGAGAGAGACUUGGUAGCCAAAGAAAUUGAGAAGUUUCAGGUCUCUAUUCAGACUCUGUGCCAGAGUGCCCUUACGCUUGGCAGGAUCAUGGAUUACAUUCAAGAAGACAUGGAUGCCAUGAAGAACGAGUUGCAGAUGUGGCGGCACGAGAACAGAGAGCAUGCAGAAGCUCUACAGAAAGAGCAAAGCAUCACAGACAGUGCUGUAGAACCGUUAAAAGCUGAUCUGGCUGAACUGGAACAGUUGAUUAAAGACCAGCAAGACAAGAUCUGUGCUGUAAAAGCUAAUAUUUUAAAGAACGAAGAAAAAAUCCGGAGGAUGGUUCUUAGCAUAAACCUGUCUUCAAGAAGGUGAAGAAGAGGGGAGAAGAAGAAUUAAAAACAAAAAAGCCUUGGGACUGACUGACACCUGACUGACAUUCCUACCAAAUAAAAACAAAAUAGCCGGGAAAACUAAGAUAUGCCUUGCUUAGUUUUAAAAUGUUUAGGGACCAGAAGGCUAAAAAUUAUGUAAAAUCCUAUUAUUGCAUUGAUCUUUAGAUGUUGAUAUUACCCAGGAUAAAAUGAUGUUCAGUUGAA